UGACGCGACGGUGACGCUGCUGGAUAUUCCAAAAAGCGCAUCCCAGUGAAAGGCUCUUUUUUAACUGACGUGGCCUACAAACACACACGCACGUGUGUUCUGUUUCAUGUUGUACAGCGUGGCAAGUCACUUCUUGGACUGGAUGCCAUUCAGAACCUGCAACUGAACAUCCACGGCGACACGCUCAGUUGUCUACAAACUGUCGCGCACUCAGCGGAAUUGCUGCCAGUGAAUUUACGCGGUGAAUUCUCACAUCUUUUUUCGGGCGAGCUUGGCCUGGCCAAGGGCUUCGUUCAUCAAGUCAAGGUGCGUGCAUCGGUGAAGCCAGUCGCUGCGAAGCUACGCAGAUUGCCCAUUACGUUGCGCGAACAGGUGUCUGAAGAGUUGCAACGGUUGGAACGUCUCGACAUCAUCGAGCGGGUGGAUGUAGCGGAAUGGACCUCACCCAUUGUCGUGGUUCGGAAGAAAGACGGCACAAUCCGGUUGUGCGUCGACUUGAGGGAACCGAACAAAGCCAUCAUCGUGGAUGGGUUCCCACUUCCCCAUACUGAGGAGCUGCUGCACCAGAUGGUGGGUGCUACCAGGUUUUCAAAGCUCGACUUGGCAUCUGCGUACCACCAGGUCGAACUGACGCCCGACAGCCGCGAGUUAACAACUUUCGUCACCCACGAUGGUCUGUUUAGGUUCAAGCGUGUCUGUUUCGGACUUGCAUCAGCGCCGGCUGCCUUCCAAAAGAUGAUGUCGCUCAUCCUGAAAGGAUGCAGUGGGGUUCUCUGUUACAUUGACGAUGUCAUUGUGUGGGGGAGGACGACCAGCGAGCACCAAGAAAACCUGAGACGUGUCCUGAGGCGCAUUUCCGAGGCUGGACUCCAACUGAAUGACAAGGGCGUGUUCGACGUAGACCACCUUUCUUUCCUCGGACACGUGGUGGGCAAGGAGGGCCUCGCUCCUCUGCAUUCGAAGGUGGAGGCCAUCGUUCAAGCACCAGUACCGAAGGACGUCUCGGCGUUGCGGUCAUUUCUGGGACUCGCAGGCUACUACUCCCGUUUUGUCCCACACUAUUCUGAUGUGGUCGAGCCUCUCAGGAAACUUCUGCGUCAGAGCCAGGCAUUCACUUGGGAUGACGCAUCGCAGAGAAGCUUUGAGAAGAUCAAAGAGGUUCUGUCGUCGGGUCCCGUCAUCAAGAUGUUCGACCCUAACCUUCCAGUAGUUGUGACUACCGAUGCAUCAGACACUGGCCUUGGAGCUGUCCUUCAGCAACAAGCUGGGCAAGAGCUACACACUGUGGCCUUUGCAUCCAGGUCACUGACUUCUACCGAGCGGAGGUACUCUGCUGGGGAAAAGGAGGCGUUGGCGUGUUUGUUUGCUUGUGAACAUUGGCACAUCUACCUCUGGGGCCGAAGGUUCCUACUUAGAACGGAUCACCAGGCGCUUGUGACUCUGUUAUCGUCCAGAGGUUCCGGCAGGAGGCCACUACGAAUUGCAAGGUGGUCAGCGAGACUUCUUUACUACAAUUUCGACAUUGUCUAUCAGAGAGGCAGCGACAAUGCUGUCGCAGAUGCGCUGUCCCGACUACCUUUGGUGGCAGCAGCAGAGCCAGAGAUGGAGGAAGAAGUUGUGUCUUUAGUGUCAUCUUGCAUCACCAAGGAUCAAGUACAAGUCGCAACGGCCAAGGAUUCUACCCUACAGCUAGUGACCAAGUACCUUGAGAAGGGAUGGCCGGCAAAGAGGAUGCUCACUCAGGAGCUGAUGCCUUUCUUCCAGCUUAGGGAAGAAUUGUCUAUGGUGGAUGGCAUAGUCUUCAGGGAAGACAAAGUUGUUGUGCCGGAUUCGCUGACCUCGGACUUGGUUUCUUUUGCACACGAGGCACACCCUGGCAUCGUGAAAACCAAACAAAGACUUCGAGACAAGUUCUGGUGGCCCCGGAUGGACAGGCAGGUGGAGUGUGCCGUGCGAAGUUGUCACGUGUGCCAAUCAGCCGACAAGUCAGCCAAACCGGUCGUGGCACCACUACGUCCAGUUACUCUCCCGGAAAAGCCCUGGCAGAAGCUGGCUAUGGACAUCGUGGGCCCGCUGAACCUGACCACCGCAGGUCCUAAGUUUGUCGUCACCCUUGUGGACUACCAUUCCAAGUGGCCGGAAGUUUGUUUUGCAAAUACAGUUACGUCACAAGCGGUGAUAGAUUUCUUACGAGGCGUGUUCAGUCGGGAGGGCUAUCCGGAAGAACUCGUAACAGACAACGGGCCACAGUUCAAGUCAAAGCUUUUUGAAGACUUCCUGAACCAAAGAGGAAUCAAGCACUGUGUCUCGUCGGUAUACUACCCACAGGCCAAUGGGUUGGUCGAACGAUUCAACAGGAGUCUGAAGGACUUUAUUCAAGUUGCAGUUUUGGAAGGACGACCGCUUAAAGAAGCCGUCGUGGACUACUUGGGCGUAUAUCGGUCUACCCCACACUCAACCACAGGAGUGUCUCCUGCUCAGCUCCUCCACGGUCGUCAACCAAGGACCCGACUUGACAUCAUGGGCCUUCCGUCAAAGAACUUCUUCCAGGAGCCAGCCACGGCAAUGGAACAGUUACGAGCUCGUGUCCAAAGCAAGCAGCGCUCGACGAAGGAGUACACAGAUGCAAAAAGAAGUGCCAAAACUCCAAAAUUCAAAGAGGGAGAUUUCGUACGGGUUCGUAAACCCACAAAUGGCGGUAAGGGUGAGCUAUCAUAUUCCCGACCACUGAAAAUACAAAAACAGGUGGGUCCAGGCACUUUCCGCUUGGAAGACGGACGCAGCUGGAAUGCCUCCAAGCUGGUGGCUGUGCCUGAGGAGUGCGUCACGGAAAGAAGUAAACGGUUGCUACACUUGCUACCCGUUCCUGGAGAUCAAGAGCAGUCAGCCAGGAGAACCGUCUCGGACAACCAAGGCGAAUACUCCGUUGGGGAGAAUCGCGAAGCUUUGGCAACACCAUGUCAAGUUUCUGGAGGCGCAGACUUGGUUGACGAACAUCGCCUAGCAGUUUCGGAGACGCCAAUACAAAUUACGAUUGGACCAGAUUCCAUUGAAGAACAACGUCGGGAAGUUUUGACAUCGCCGGUACAAGUGUCACAAGAUGAAUGUCCUGUUGUUGGACUUCGACUGGAAGAUUCUGCGGCGCCUACACAGGCUCGAGGAACGACGUGGUCGGACGGACCUUGCAGAGGACCGUCGACAAGAGAACGACGGCGUCCCUCCCGUCUGCAGGACUUUCAUAUAAAUUAGCCAUUUUUUGCUUAGUUGUUUCGUUUUUCAGGGGGGGAUGAUGUUGUGUUCUGCUUUUAUGUUGGCAACACUGUACAUACCAUAACGUGAUCUGGCAACCUAUGACUCGCAUUAAAAACGCUUUUUCGUUCAACGUUCGAAUGGACUAGUCGACCCUUCCUUCGUGUCCUCAGGACACUACAA